CCACACAGGUAACACGGGGGAAAAAAAUAGAAGGAGAGGAGAAAAAUCCGUGGCUUGUUAUGGAGUUCGUGUGAAGAAAACACGGAUUUCCACCCUUCUUUACCAGUUAAACCUGUAUCUCUGGAUAGAACACACUCAAGUACUGCAACAGGUAGAGUCUGUCCGCAAACUCUUCCGUGGCUCCUCUGAAAAAUAAUCUCCCCUUUUUCUCUCUGUUUACCUCAAUUGAGUUUCCAGCCCUUUUGUUCGCUCUCCUUAUCACUUGGAAAAGGUGAACCCUCGUGUUAUUUUUAUUUUAAUCUUUGCUUUAAUUGUAGUUUUUACCCUUGUGGUCCCUGAUGGCUUCGCACAGUGAUACUCUGGUGGUGUUCUUUGGGGCAACAGCUGGUGCAAAUGGGGGUAAACUGGGUUCGGAUGAGAGGGAAAUAAUUCUCUUGGUGUGGCAAAUUGUGGACCUACAUGAGAAAAAGGUCGGGAAGCUCCACAAAUGUUUUGUCAAGCCAGACUCGCUGGAGCUGACAGAGCAGUGUAAAGAGGAGACCGGGCUGAGUCUGGAGGACAUCGUUGAAGCCGAGCCUCUAGACAAAGUUCUGCAACAGUUCCACCAGACUCUGACAUCAGAAGUCAAAUGCCUCGGCAGGAACUCUUACACACUUUUGGUGAACAGUCCACUUGUCAUUCGACAAGCUCUCCACCCUGAAGCGUCCAAAAAGAAUCUUAUCCUACCUGAGUGCUUCUUUUCAUUUUCGGACAUAAGGAAAGAGUUUCAGAAAUGUUGUCCAAAUGCUGGCCCUGUGCAAAAGCUCACUCUCGCCUCCAUGCUGGAAUAUGUUGGUCUCCCUGCUGUGUCAGAGCAGUUGACAGGCAUGAGGGAGGUGAGGAGCAUGGUGCAGCUUACCCUCUCCAUCCUGGCUGAACCCUACAAUCACAAAUUCUCCUGUUUUGAAACGGUGAACUACAAGUUUGACUCCGGCACAUGUAAGACUGAGCCGGUGGACACUGAAACGGUGAUCAGAGCACGGGGGCUUCCAUGGCAGUCCUCAGACCAGGACAUUGCACGCUUUUUCAAAGGCCUCAAUAUCGCCAAGGGUGGUGUGGCCCUGUGCCUUAAUGCUCAGGGAAGGAGAAAUGGGGAGGCCCUGGUUCGUUUCAUCAACUCGGAACAUAGAGACUUGGCCCUGGAGCGCCACAAACACCACAUGGGCAGCCGCUACAUCGAGGUCUACAAAGCCACAGGAGAAGAAUUCCUCAAGAUUGCUGGAGGGACAUCUAACGAGGUGGCCCAGUUCCUGUCUAAAGAAAACCAGGUGAUUAUCCGGAUGCGGGGAUUGCCGUUCACCGCCACACCCCAGGAAGUGCUGUCCUUCCUUGGCCCCGAGAGCCCUGUCACAGAUGGUGCCGAGGGUCUUCUCUUUGUCAAGUACCCUGACGGACGGCCCACGGGAGACGCCUUCGUAUUAUUCUCUUGUGAAGAAUAUGCCCAGAAUGCCCUGAAGAAGCACAAGCAGAUCUUGGGGAAGCGUUACAUCGAGCUGUUUCGAAGCACCGCUGCAGAGGUGCAACAGGUAUUGAAUCGCUAUAUGUCCACACCCCUGAUCUCCACACUGCCCCCUGCUCCAAUCGUACCCGUCCCAGUCCUGGCCGCUCCAUCCUUCCUGCCGGCAGCCAGCAGCUCUCGGGACUGCGUGCGCCUCCGUGGCCUGCCAUACACAGCGGGUAUCGAAGAUAUCCUGGAGUUUAUGGGCGAGCACACCGUGGACAUCAAACCUCACGGAGUCCACAUGGUUCUUAACCAACAGGGCCGGCCCUCUGGGGAUGCUUUCAUCCAAAUGAAGUCCCCUGACAAAGCCUUUAUGGUGGCCCAAAAGUGCCAUAAGAAGACAAUGAAGGACCGUUAUGUUGAGGUUUUCCAGUGCUCCACAGAAGAGAUGAGCAUUGUGCUGAUGGGGGGAACUCUGAACCGGAGUGGCCUCUCACCGCCACCCUGUCUGUCUCCCCCCACAGCCUACCCUGCCUUCCCCACGCCACCUGCCCUCCUCUCAGAAGCUGCCCUCUUUCAGCCCCCCCUGCUGGCGGCCCCCAGACCUCCUCAGGGCAGCAUGCACAGCACCACUCACACUCUGGCCUACUACCCCCCCCAGCCGCACCUCUACAUGAACAUGAACUACACAGCCUACUACCCCAGCCCCCCAGUGUCUCCUUCCACAGUUGGCUACUUUGCCGCCCCCCCGGGGAUGGCGGGACAGCCCCACCCGGCGGCCGCAGCAGCCGCCUCCUCCGUGCUGCCCCAGCCGGGGGCGCUGGUCAGGAUGCAGGGUCUGCCCUACAACACAGGGGUCAAAGACAUCCUCAGCUUCUUCCAGGGAUACCAGCGGCGUGGUUCAGAUGAGCGAACAGGCCAGGAGUCUGGUUCAGCCCAAAGAAUGGCUCUGUCUUUAGGGAUUCCCCGCAAGCUCCAGCCAGAUGCCGUUCUCAUCUUGUAUAACUUCAGUGGCCAGUGCAGCGGCGAGGCCUUGGUCACCUUCCCCAGUGAGGAGAUGGCCAGGCGGGCUGUGUCCGAGCGCUCUAACCACCCAUUCUAUGGCCAGCAGGUCCAACUGGUCUUCUGUAACUGACCUCUCCUCCUCCGUUUCUCUCCACCCUAUUUGGUUUCUCCUCCUGCAGAGGAGCCUUCUGUGUUUCCUCCCUCCCCAGCAGCUCGUACCUCAAAGCUCCACUGCAUUCCAGUUCUUUGCUCCACAUCUGUCCAAACCUUUUUGCUUUUCCAAACACACACCUGUCACGGCCGGUCACCACACUCCAGAUGCUGCUGUUGGAGUUUGGGCGUCCACAGAUGAAGCAGCUAGAUGACUUUGUGGACACCCUGGAUGGCAUUCCUGUUUCUUUGCAGCCACUGCUUCAGCCGGCUGCAGAGAAGAGCCGGUGCAGAGCCUGGAACAGCCAAAAAAAAGCCAAACACUUGGAUGUAUUUAAUUAUGAGUGUGUCCCCCGAUGAAACUGAACAGUGUGUCCUGAAACGCUUGAGGCUGUACAAACAAUUUCUACACACAAAUCUGUUCUGUAUGUUUCUAUUCUUAAGAUUUAACUCUUAAACCACUAUAAACUUUAGAUUUUUCAACGUUUAUGAACCUUUGUAUUAGUGUUAUGCAAUUACAGCUGUGUGAGUGAAAAGACAAAGCCAUAAAAACCAGUUUAGACUACUGAAACAAGGUACAUCUGUAUAUUUAAAUUCAGUUUAAUUGAGUUUAAACAAUUAGCUCUGAGCUUCAGGGACUCUUAGUACUGCACAACACCACAGCUGUAGAAGUGUACCAACUAAUCUGUGCCUUUGUUUUGUAAAAAGCAUUUAUAUACCCAUCCCAUUUGGGCAUUUCUAAGCACUACGGAUUUCUUUUUGCUCUAACGAAGAGAUAAGGAACUGGUCCUCUUUAACAGUGUAGCAUGGCAGAUUAAUUAUAUUUUUAUUGAUGCCAUUUCUUUCUAAAAGCUGAGACUUUGUUAUGUAAUGUCCAAUGACAAAGGCUUUUCCUCUGACCAGCCGCAGCGACGGUCUCUCCUCAGUUUUUGUUCCCAGGCUGCGUAACAAUCAGUCCGCUGCAUGCUGUUAUUACGACUCCCAACCAGAGGACUGUGUCAACCUGUGUCAAGCUGCACCCGGUUUCCUGGGAGGCCUGGUGACGGCCAACUUAGUUUUGUUUUUGUUUUAUCUCAACAUGCCUACACUACCCAGAGUGCAAUACUGGCCCAGAAUGAGGCGAGGUCAGCCUCUGGUGGCAGAGGAGAUGUUUGCUUCUUUUGUUGUGAGUUUGAGAUUUGCAUGAGUUUAGAUCUGUGCAUAGAAUGUAAACAAUAAAAAAAGGUAAUGA